UAUCUGGUGUUGUGGAGUGGAGGCCAAUAACUGUGCCUCUGCUCCAGAAUUGUUUUUAAUAUUGGUGUAGGAUUUCUAUCAUGUCUUGCCAGUCUACGGUGUAUGUUGUCAGUGGCCCUAUAAACCCCAACAAUAACAUCAACAUUAAUUAUAUAAGUGAUUAUUUAACUACUGAUAACCAGACAGCCACUGAAGGUUUAAGUGCCAGUUGAUCCAGCAAUAUGUCAGCAAGUUUCGGUCUUAAAGAAGUUAGUGCAGCAUACAGCAGGAUGAGAGGGUAUGUUCACAGGACGCCAGUCUUCACCUCUCACAAUAUUAAUGUGUUGGCUGGCACACAACUCUACAUGAAAGCUGAAAACCUUCAGAAGACUGGAUCAUUCAAAGCCAGAGGCGCCUGUAAUGCGGUAUUUCUGGAGAAAGAGAGAAAUCCCAACAGCCCUGGAGUGGUAACACACAGCACUGGGAACCAUGGCCAGGCUGUAGCAUAUGCUGCCAAGUGUGCUGGCUUGCCAUGCAGUGUGGUUGUUCCCAAGGACACUCCAAAAGUCAAGUGUGAUGCCAUCAGAGAGUACGGUGCUGAGCUGGUUUAUUGCCAACCUACACCAACAUCCAGGCAGGAGGUUUGUGCCGAGAUUCAAGCAAAGACUGGCAAGACUGUUAUUCAUCCCUUUGAUAACUUUGAUGUUAUGGCUGGUCAAGGAACCAUUGCAUUAGAGCUUCUUGAAGAGGUUCCUGAUUUGGAUGCCAUUUUAGUACCCAUCAGUGGAGGGGGCAUGACAUCAGGAAUUGCUGUUGCAACCAGAGAGCUGCAGCCUAACUGCAAAGUUUAUCCUGUCGAGCCUUAUGGGAAGCUGCUGCAAAGAAGUCUUAAGAGCAAGCAGAGACUGUGGCCUGAUCCUCCACAGUUCAUUGAUACCAUUGCUGAUGCUUUACGGACACAACAGGUUGGUCACCUGACAUUUCCAGUCCUCUGUGAGUAUGCAGAGUCUGAGGUGUUUACUGUCACAGAUGACCAAAUGAUUGAAGGCAUGAGACUUAUAUUUGAACGCAUGAAGCUGGUUGUGGAGGCUGCGUCUGGUGCUGCUGUAUACGCUGCAGUCACGUUGUUGAAGCAAGUUGAGCCGAGAGCUCAAAAGGUUGGCGUCAUUCUCUGUGGCGGCAAUGUGGACUUAGACUUCCUACCAUGGAUCACUUGCAAGACUUCCAGUUAAAUGUAUGUUGCACUUAAGAUGUAAUAUAAAUAAAAUAUUUGGGGAUGUAGCUAUACAGGCUAUCCUCCUAAACA